AUGCAUCGAUCCUCCAAGAAAUCCUCCAAGAGCUUUCGCAGCCCAGCAGCAUCUGGUAGCUCCUCAAUGGCAGCAGGAGCUCCUCAAGGCACGGUUGGCCGUCCUAGGCUUGGUCAAUAUCCAAAACUCAUCGCGCGGUUUUUUGAGCCCCUGAUUUUACUUCACGUUCUUGGUGCUACUAGAGGCGAUCAUACUCCAAUUCCGCAUAAUCCUAAAUCACCAGAGUUUAGUCGCCGGCGCCUUCUGGAUAACUUAGCAUAUCUCUGUGAUUUUGACAAGGGAGGUCCAACUACAACAGCCCUUGGCCUAGAGGAGCGUCAUGACUGCUUCAAGUUCUGGAUAGCCUCCAAUAGACCAACUACAAAAACGCUGAAGUUCAUGAGCAACGCAAUUGAAAGUCUCAAGGCCCUCUUCAAUGCCACGCCUAUUAAGAGAGAAGAGGCCAUAGAAGAAUUCACGGAGGCAUGUAUCGCAUUCGCCAAGACGCGGAUCAUCAAAGAAGCCAAACUACUCUACAGGGCCAUCGCAGUCUGUAGUGAUCAUCUCUCCAAAGAGACAGAUUCCGCAUCACUUGGCCUGGUGACCUGGCUACAAAUGUUCGUUGAACGCGAUAAUAUAACACUCUGUCGGUGGACGUAUGGGCACAGGAACGACGAAGAAAUGGUACAAGUCAACAAAAGGAGUCGGAAUGUUCACGAGACCCCUGCACAGAGCCGCGUUGCUGCUGAUUUCGCAACUCUGAGGCAUCGUUUUGGUCGCUUGGCCCAUCACGUACGAGCUGUCAAUGAGGUGAUUGUAGAUGCCUCAACUCUCCAGCAUCUUUUUGACGAGUGUCAAAUUGGUCAAGUACCAACAUUGAUUAGCGUCUCACGCCCGGAAGCAGAUGCUCACACCACACUUGAGGGCAUAAUGAAUCGAAUGUUAUCGUCAACCAACGCGAAUAUGCUGGCCAAGUAUGUGGAGUCUUUGGCAGAAAUGGAUCAGAAGUUCGAAAUCCUCGAGCGCGCGUCAAGGAACAAUACGCCAGUGAAACAUUCAAACCUUGUGUUCAUGCAGAGAUUCAAGUGCUGGAACACUUUUACCAGCAAGGUCUGGCAUACGCUGAAGGAGAUCCCUACAUUGGCUGUAACGCAUCGAAAUAUCUACCUCAACUGGGGCCCACCGGUGUUGCAUGAUGGCACCGCUGAUGAAGGUUACCCAACACAGCGUGAUAUUCUCAACGCCAUGUUGAAGGUUAUUCGCAAGGAGGUAUUCAACCAAGUCAGCAGCAAAGCCAAUGCCCUCAAACGACACCACGACUCCAUCACGGGAUUGACCCAGUCAACUUUGUCCAUUAGUACCCGAGUUGAAAAUAGCGUCGAUGUGGAGACAUCUUUCCAACGAUUGGACCUUGGGGUUCUGAAUGGCGAACCUAGAGCAGUUCAAGACAACACCUCUCAAUCCACACCAUCCAGCGGCAAUUCUUUUGCCUCCUCCAUCAACGACACACCAAACCAUCCAUAUCCUUUCAAGGAGCAGACCGCUUGA